CACACACACACACAAAUAGGUUAGAGGAAAACAGGCAGGAGGAGAAAAGAGGAACGAGGAGGGGGAAAAAAAAGAGCAAAUGCUGAGAAAUCCAGCCAGUCUCCGGCUCUGGCCAUUUUCUUGAAUCAGAAUUUGAUUUGUGGACUUAGAAGCUGGAAGGGGAGAGAGAGAGAGGGGGAAGAGGAGCACCCAUCCUUUCCCACCCCCACCUCCUGUUCGCCUGAGCCAAAGGGAAAGGCUACACACACACACACAGACACACACACAGGGACGGAAAGCAGCACACAGGGCUAGGCCGCAAGUCAUUAGUUCUUGGUGGGCAAGCAUUGACAAAAGGUUGGAGGGAGAAGCCUGCAUGAGUGCCUGGAGAGGAACCACAGGAACCAUGGAGGGCUGAGCAGGCGGACACUCUUCAGCUUUAUUUCUUUUUUUUUAAAUUUCCUGAAAAGGAAGCAGCACAGAGGAUACUGUCACAGCCGAGCACUCGUGCUACAACUGGCGGUGAAGAGAGAGCACUUCCUUGUGUUGGGGGAUCUACUUGCGUUGUGUAUUUUGGUCCACGUCGCCUCGACUGCUGCUGCUGCUGCAGCUGGCUGUGCCUUGAAGGAGCCCACUGCCCCCAUGAAAGUGAUGUUGUUGUUGUGUGGCCGUCAGGUUGAAUUUGCUUGAGCUGGUGUCUUCAUUGUGGGUCAAAAUGCUGCAGCUGCCGCUGAGAGGAUUACAGCAAGAGAGGAGGCGAGCUGUGUCUGUCCUCUCUGCCUCGCUGGAUGGAAGGAAGAUCUAGAGCGAGAGGAGGAUUUAUUUUCCAGCGAGGGAAGCCGGAGACGCUGCACAUUCAUGUACUGACCCUGAGGUUCCUCGUCUGAGGGCGUUUGAGCGGCCAGCCUUCUCUUCAACCAUCUCAGGGAAGAAAGGAGAAGGACACCACACGCAGUGGUGGAGUUGGAUAAGAAGAAAAAGAAGAAAAGGACAGAGUUGGACUGGAAAAAAUCCACACAGGCAGGCAGAACUAAAAGUUGCCACAGUGAGGACUGUUUCCAGGUCAUAGUGAAGUGGGAGGAGACUCGACUGCUCUUGUUUUUUUCUGCCAAACACCCUCCUCCUCAAUACCAGAGUCUUCCCUCCUUAAAUCUGCCUGUUCAGUCUGAGGACUGGUUUCCCCCUCAGUUUAUCCUCCGACAUAACUAACCAGCCAAUGAGAGCACAGCCACGCUGAUAAGACUGAUAGUCUCCAGGUGAAGGCAACACACACACAUUCAGGACUUCUUGUGUCUCUAGAUAUUUAUGUUACCUUGACAGCACCCAGGAAUCUUGGCUGCCUGUUUCCCCUGCGCUGGUUCGGUAACCAAGCGAUGGCCAUGGUGAGUGGGGGCUGGGGAGAUCCCAACGGGGGCACCAACGGGCUGGGGGACAAGAGCUACCUGAGGGGGGAGGAGGAGGACGGCUCCCCGCAGGCGGGAGGCAGCGACAUGGAGGCCGGGGACGACGACAAGGCGUGCGUGGUGGACUGCGUGGUGUGCGGGGACAAGUCCAGCGGCAAACACUACGGCGUGUUCACGUGCGAGGGCUGCAAGAGCUUCUUCAAGAGGAGCGUGAGACGCAACCUGAGCUACACCUGCAGGUCGAACAGAGAGUGUCAGAUUGACCAGCACCACAGGAACCAGUGCCAGUACUGUCGCCUGAAGAAGUGUUUCCGUGUUGGCAUGCGCAAAGAAGCAGUUCAACGCGGUCGCAUCCCACCUCAGCCGAGCCUCAGCCCCUCCAUCACACCCCUAGGGGGUGCCGGCGGCCUUGGCGGUGGUGAGUUUUACAACAACAACAAUGGAGGAAGUGGCGGAGGUCAGCCGGUGUCAGAGCUCAUCUCUCAGCUGCUGCGAGCUGAGCCAUAUCCCAGCAGUCGGUUUGGGCACCAGUACAACCAACAGGCCGGUCCAGAUAACGCCAUGGGGAUCGACAAUAUCUGUGAACUGGCUGCUCGGCUACUCUUCAGCACCGUGGAGUGGGCCAGAAGCAUCCCUUAUUUCCCUGAGCUGCCUGUUUCAGACCAGGUGGCCCUGCUGAGGCUGAGCUGGAGCGAGCUGUUCAUCCUCAACGCCGCCCAGUCGGCUCUGCCGCUCCACAUGGCUCCCCUGUUGGCGGCGGCCGGCUUCCACUCCUCGCCCAUGUCCGCUGAGCGCGUGGUGUCCUUCAUGGACCAGGUGAGGGUGUUCCAGGACCAGGUGGACAAGCUGACCAGGCUGCAGGUGGACUCCGCUGAGUACAGCUGUCUCAAGGCCAUCGCUCUCUUCUCACCAGAUGCCUGUGGUCUGACAGACCCCGUCCACGUGGAGUCUCUGCAGGAGAAGGCUCAGGUGGCUUUGACGGAGUACGAGAGGAUGCAGUACCCGAGUCAGCCACAGCGUUUCGGCCGCCUGCUCCUGCGCCUCCCCGCCCUGCGCGCCGUUCCCGCCAGCCUCAUCUCCCAGCUCUUUUUCAUGCGCCUGGUAGGAAAGACACCCAUCGAGACGCUGAUCCGUGACAUGCAGCUCUCCGGAAGCUCUAUCAGCUGGCCCUAUGUCCCAGGACAGUAGCGUCCCGCUCACCCUCCCGAUGGACGAGGUCUCCCUUUGGGAUUAAUGACGACAAGGACCCACAGGAAACCUCCUGACUCAUCACUAUCCAUCUGUGUGGUUAACAAACUGCAGUGCCAGCUGGCCUUCACACAUACUGUACUGUAACUGCUCUAUUCCCCCCUCCCCUUAUGAAACAAGCCCUCUGUCUCCACCCGGGCCACCAGAGAAGCACACGGGAGCCAGUGCCAGGCUGGAUCUGACUUGUUGCCAAACUGGUUGUUUCGGUGCCAGGUCUCAGGCCAGCGAACAGCUCCUCAUGCUGCGCUCCGAUAUGGCCUCCACAGCCAGUCAUGUCACCACCCACCCACCAUAGCGACUAAAGACGCUGCAGUUGUCAUGUAGAGGGCAGCACCACCCUGCUACAAACACGUCCUGAGUACAAAACUGCCCCGCCACUAAACGUCAGCAGUCGGCUCAUUUUCCAUGACUCACCAUUUGUGAAACAGUGAUGUUUUUAAUCACGACAUUACGAUCCUGAUCAUACUGACUCUUAAUGGAACAGUUAAAUGUAUCAGAAAGCCGUGGUUGUGCUAUGAACAUGAAUAUAAGACACAGUACGGGCCUUGCUGUUGAAAGGAGGAUUCUGAAUCCAUCGCUCUCUUACCUCAGUGCUGGAGGAGGAAGCCGACGAACUGCUCAGAAGAAUCGGAAACUUAAAUACAAAACCAAGGAAAAACUCACCAAAGUCUAAGUAGAAAAGUUACUACAGAAAGCAGAGUGAGAGAAAUAGAGAUGAUGGGACUGUUGUGACCGCCUCACCAUCCAGUGAACCAUGCAUUUAACUUCAUUCACAGGGCUCACUGUCGCUGUACGAUGUUAAGAACGAAAAGCCACAGUAACACGAGAACGGACUAAUACCUCACUAGACAUCAGAAUGCUUUCGUCUGAUAUUUGCUAAACACAAACCUCUGUAAAUGUCGUUCACCAGAAACCGCCUUCUUUUUUGACAACUGCCUUGUUAUUCAGUCUGAAUUUGGGACAGCGACAAAACAUUAAAUGAGUCCUACGAGUGUUACAAACAUUCGUCUCGUACCUUUAAAGAAAGAAAAAGCCCCAAAGUGAUUUUCAUUUGUGUUUUGAAUAUGAGUUCGACCGAGUUCAGCUAUGACAUUUUUUUUUUUUCUAGAGAAACAUCAGGCUGACGUACAAAUUUAAGUUCCAGUACGUUAAGGAAAUCAAGAUGAGUUCAACAAAUAACGCUGGUGAUUAGAGAGUUUAUAACCAACGCAAUCAGUCAACCAGUGCUGUUUCUGGAGGCAUUGAUCCCCUUGAGAAAUGUAUUGAAAUGUGUGUGUGUGUAUAUAUAUUACAGCCAGCUUUGUCCUCUUGCAUGUUCAAAUGUUGUUUUGGAUCUCUGCUAAGUUGAGACUUUCCUUCUUUUACAUUCUGUAAUUCAAGAUUCAUUUUAAAGUGUUGCUUUCUCUGUUAGUUCCUAAACGUUAUUUUUAUUUUUUUUUUCUAUAUGUAUUUACAUGAAAAAUACCUCUGUUCAGAUGUCAACACGGACGCUGACCGUCAUGCCAUUGUCCCAGCGGCUGUGACGUAGACAUGAUCUCAUAUCUAAGACACCGGAGUCGAAGCUGCAGUGAGUGACGACGUUGCGAUGAGUGACGGUGCACUUUGAGGAUAUUCAAUGCCAAAAUAUAUCACACAGUCUGUGACGAGUUAAGAGAAGACGGGGCUACCGAUUUUGCCGGUCCACAUGGAUUUUUACCUCAGUUUACGAAGUCACUUGUUGAUUUUAACCAAAUAAAAUCAACUCUAAAUAGAACCGUGUUUCAGCAUUUACAUGAAAAUGAACAGAUUGGACGUCUUGAUCUGCCGCCGUUCUUUCUGAAAGUUAUUUGGGUGUUCUUCAUUUUAGGCAGCGAUUCACACAAACACAUGUCGUAGAGAAGAGAGAGAAAAAACAAAAUAAAUAUGCUAUUAAUGUUUUCUUAUCUUUGUGUUACUGAGUUCUUGAGUUUUAAAAAUUUCCUGUGUAUGGCAAUGUUAUUAAAAAAAAAUCAAAAGAUGA